UUGGUCGGCGAGAUCCCCCCGGUGCUGGGCUAUCUCACCGAGCUGACAGUGCUUAAUCUGAGCGGUAACGAAUUAAGCGGGGUAAUACCACCCAAUUUUGGAAACCUGACAAAACUGCGGGAACUCUACCUCAACGACAACGUGUUGACCGGAGACUUACCUCUUGAGGUGGGUACAUUGACCAGGCUGACUCAAUUGUGGUUGGACAGCAACCGGUUGGAGGGGGAAAUUCCAAGCGAAUUGGGCAACCUCGACAAAUUGGCUCGACUCAACCUGCAAAGCAACGAGUUGAGCGGAGAUAUCCCGAAUGAGUUGGGCAACCUCGCCAGCCUGACCAAUCUGAAUUUAAGCGGAAAUAAGUUAACUGGCGAAAUCCCCCUGCAAUUGGGUAACCUUUCCGGAUUGAGAAUUCUGGUUCUCAGCGGAAAUGAACUCAGGGGACACAUACCCAUAGAGUUGGGUGAUCUCACGAAUCUCAGGGAGCUAAACCUCCACGACAACCGAUUGAGCGGAGACAUACCGCUUGAGUUAGGAAAAUUGACCAACCUGGCACGGUUGUUCCUAGGAGACAACGCAUUAACUGGGUGUGUGCCCUCCAAUCUCAAAGAGGCAUCCGACAUCGGUCCCUACUGCAAGUGA